AUGUCAGCAGCAGCAGCAUUUCUCUAUGCCUUUCAACAAAAUCUUUUCAAGUACGUCGGUCCUCUACUCAUUGUUAUUGGUACAGUCAGUUGCCUAUUGAAUCUCUUGGUAUUCACACAAAGUACAAUGCGCAAAAAUCCGUGCACAAUCUAUUUAAUCACAGUCAACAGUGUUAAUUUAAUAGCUUUCUAUUUCAUACCUCUUCUGACAAUAUUUUCAUCAGGCUAUGGCGUCGAUCUUACUGGAAAUAAUCCCGUCUUCUGCCGACUUCAAUUCUAUGUAGGUUUUCUGUCGUCAAGUUUGGAAUCAUCAUAUCUUAUUUUGGCCUCUAUCGAUCGAACACUCGUCACUUCAUCGAACGCUCUGACAAGAAAACGAAGCACACGUCGACUAGCCAUCACAAGUGUUAUUUGUGUUGGCUUGUUCUGGACAAUUUUCCAUGUUCACGCACUGAUUUACUCGCAAAUUAUCCAGUAUGCACCUGGCUAUUCUGUUUGUUAUUUUACACCAGGUGCAUAUAGCACGUUUGUCACCUACUAUGGGUUGUCACUCAAUGGAGUUAUUCCACCUCUGUUCAUGCUUAUUCUGGGCUGCUGGACAGUGAAGAAUAUUCGCAAAGUCCGUCAUAUCACACAACAUUCUGGCUCAACACAUUCAGUUGUUGUCGUGGUCGGCAGACCACGAAUCCUUGAAUCAAAGGAUCGACAACUAAUUCGAAUGUUGCUCGUGGAAAUCGUCACUUACAUUCUGUGUAAAACUCCAAUCAUAAGCUUUCUAAUUUAUCGAGAAGUUACACGGUAUGUUGAGAAAAAUGGAGAGCGAAUCUUGAUCGAACAAUACGUGUUUUUACUAGCAACUUUCGUGUUUUACAUCGAGAAUAGCAUUGGUUGCUAUACAAACAUCUUAGUGUCGAAAACUUUUCGUAUAGAACUGAAACGAAUGUUGUUGAAUGUUCGUCAAAUAUGUGUCGUCAAUCAUCAAAAUAGAUCAUAA